GCCAUCUACUGAGCUGGAAGACGAACUGCUCCUCGGCAGCUGCUCCUAAUAAAGCUACUCUCAAAAUAGCAUUAACAGCAAAUGAAUGUAAAGUACGACUUAAAGUUCUUUCAUCUUUUUAAUGAAUGUAUUUAUAUUGGUGUAGAGGGAAAGUUCUGAAGUCGCUUUGGCUCACGAUGGUGGAUGAACAGUCAAUCAGAUAAAAUGUUCAGAAGUGAAAUCUGAAACUUGCUUGACAAAUACAGGCAGGUCAUUGUUGAAUGACUGCACUGAAGAGUGAAUGCAAGAUAUGGGUGAAUCAGCUUUACUGACAGAUCAUUUUUCACUAUUUCUCAUGAGGAUGAGAGUGAACAGAGGCUAAACAGGACCUGUGCAAUAACACCUUGAUGUUGAAUCCUGCUGUUAUUUGAUCAUUAUCAUCAUCUACCUUCUGUUUUCCUGCAUAUCUCAGAUUCCAGCUCUGUUCGAUCACACCUGUUUGACAAACUGCUCACUAGUUUUCUCCGCCUUCAAAUGUUCUGAUCCUUCUUAUCUCCUGGCGCCACAUGUGUAACAUAUUAAAAUACCUGCAAAAAAUACAGUUAAAUGCAAAAACAUAGUUGUGCCUUAUAGCCCCUUUCCUCGAUUAACAUAUUUAACCUUUACUUAAUCUUUAAAUCAUCAGUGUAAAAGUUCAGAAGAUUUGGUUCAAGAGGUAUUUUUGUUCUCGAGUCCAAAAUUAGAGCUCCAGCUGUUUCUGUUGGAGUAAAGGUUUCAUUUUGUGCGGCGUCUCUAAAGACAGGGGUGCUUAUGUUAUCAUCACCUGAACACACACAUCUGAGUUAUUUUUCAAACCAGACAGCGGAGAUGUUGAAACUAUGUAGUGCUGAAGCAAUGACUUCUUGUCCCUGUACCAAAAACAUGCCUGAGGGAUCAGAUUUACAACAUGUCAUAUACAUAAUAGAUCCCUUAAUGGUGUAAUUUAUGCCAUGAGAUCAAUCAAUCAAAAACAAGAACAAAAAAAAGAAUGCAGAUGUUUCUGUUCUGACUAGUUUCUGCAAAACCUUACUGUUAAAACCUCUUUAGGUCACUGAGACUGUAAAAGAGAAAAGCUACUCAUUAGGGAACACACACAAUAUACAUUUUACAAGUUUUUGACCUUUAGUGUCAGUUGAGCUUUUAUUAUUUUUUUGGCCCACAAAGUAGCUGAAAUGUUUUAAAUGAUUUUAAAGUGUGUGUAAAAAUGAACAGGGUGGUCAAACAGGAGGGAGGUGCUUCUUGAUCUCCACAGCCAAUGAAAUUUAAGGAUGCAAUUGCUGGUAUUGAGUCCAGUAUUUAAAGGCUUUGCCAUUUGAAAUUCUCAUAUCUGGACAGAGACCAAAGAUGAGACAGACGGGGACAUAUCUGCUGUGCCUUUUUGGGGCUCUGCACUGCUUGUUGAUUCUGCCAGUGUCGCAGGCCACAUCUCUAACAAAAGUCUCCAAGGACAAAGCAUCUAAUCCAGCCGUCAGCAUUGACUCUGAACAGGCCCAUGAUUUUCUGGCACAUGCACGUCUGAGGAGAUCCGCUGACCCCAACUGGCAUCGCAAAAACCCAGAUUUUCAGUCCUACUAUCGUUACUACAGCAGUAUUGGGCACACUGAAGGGCUCUAUGAGAUAGACAGACUUCGAAUGCUUUACCAGCGGAUGCGACAUCUGGAGCUCACUUAUGGCCCCGAUGCAUCCAAAUACCAGAAUGCCCUUGGUCUUCAACUUAAGUCAACACCUCCACCCACAACCCAGCCUCCACCCCCUACCUUACCACCUGUCUCCAAGAUGGAUGUCAUGUACCUGUGUAAUUCAAAAGAUCCCCAAUGCAAGCCACAUAUUGUGUACCUGCCUGCCGGUGGGGUACCUGUACUUUGCGAUCCUCGUUACCACCCAAACUGUAAACUCAGUCCUGUCCAGGAGCACCCCUCUCCACCUGUAACUGCUUCAGAGCCAGUGACGUCUGCCCCUCCUCCCCCACAAAAAUCCACUCCACCACCACCUCCUCCUCCAAUGAUUAUCAAAGGAAUGGAGUAUGACUGUGAUCCCUACUGGGACCCUGACUGCCUCAUUGACAAUCCUCCCCGGCCAGUAAAGAUGAUUGAAUCACAACCAGUGCUCCCAGCUGAGAAGUUAAAAAAGGAAACAGGGAACAAAGUAAUCCUAAAUGAUCCAGUUCCGACCUAUGAUCCAUAUGACUUCAAUCAAGAUCUAUAUGAUCCAUUCCGCCAUGCAGCUCCAGCCCCUUGAUUUUCUGUUUCAGUCUAAAAAAAUAUGCAUUUAAUAAUUUACCCUUACAUUCAUGUUUUUUUUAAUCCAAGUGAUGUAUCAUUUGUAACAUAUAGUAAACCAUGGCCUUAUUUAUAAUAUGUGGCUAAUAUUAGAUUUAAAUUCUUUAAAUAAAACAAAUGUGGAGGCCAGAAUAAAAGAAUUUGGACAGUUA